ACUGCAUCAGUCUUUGCAUAUCCUGUCUCUCUGUUGCUGGCUGCUUUCACCCAUGAAAAAAGGGAGGGUUAACUAACUCUAAAGGAAGCAGAACUAUAUUACAACAACCCCACGCUUGAGUCAGCUGCGCCGUCUCCACAUGUGGAUUACUGGCAGAAAGAGUCAGUGAGAGCUCCUGCAGUGGUCUGACUGAAACUUCGGGCUGCUGUCGUAUUAAUUUGAAGCUUGUGUUAAUGACAGAGCGGAAUCGGUUCCUCUUUACUGACUCUUCAGCUGCCUGUUCACGGUGUUCGGCUCUUGCUUCUCGGUACAUGGCGACAUUUCUGUCCUUUUUGUUGUGUGUCAGUGUGUGAUUCAACUCGGUGCCAAUGAGCGCAAGUCACAGCUUGUGUGAAGUUCAUUAUAAGCAACAGGAGCAGCAGCAGCAGCAGAGAAGGAAGAAGAAAGCCUUAUAAGGAGCACAAGCAGCGGACAAAGUUGGAUUAUUGUCAGGCGGAGGGCUUCUUCAGUUUUCCUCUUUCUUAGGUUUUAUUUUAACCGCUGGAAGUUAUGACUUCGGUGUGGAAAAGACUGCAGCGAGUUGGUAAAAAGGCUUCAAAGUUUCAGUUCAUCGCUUCUUACCAGGAACUCGUUUUGGAGUGUACUAAAAAAUGGCAACCAGACAAGCUGAGGGUGGUGUGGACCAGGAGGAACAGACGAAUGUGUUCCAAGCUCCACAGUUGGCAACCUGGAAUCAAGAACCCCUACAGAGGCAUGGUAGUGUGGCCUGUCCCGGAAAACAUCGACAUCUCUGUUACUCUCUUCAAGGAUGCCAAUGCUGAUGAAUUUGAAGACAAAGAAUGGACCUUUGUCAUUGAGGGUGAAAAUAAGGGUCAUCGUAAGGUGCUGGCAUCCGCUGACAUCAACCUGAAGCGGUUUGCUAGCCCCACGCUAACCCAGACUGACCUGACGCUGAAGCUGAAGCCACUGUCUGUCAAAGUGGUGGAGGCCACGCUCAAGCUGUCCCUCUCAUGUGUCUUUAUUCGAGAGGGAAAAGCCACUGAUGAAGACAUGCAAAGUCUUGCCAGCUUGAUGAGCGUCAAACCCACAGAUAUCGGCAACCUGGACGACUUCAAUGAGAGCGAUGAAGAGGAAGAUAAGAAGUCUGUGACUGCCACAGUUGUCCCACACACUCUUACCCGUCCAAAUCGCCCUGCUCCCCCUCCACCUGACAAGCGACACUCCACGGCAUCCACUUUGCCAUCCUCAGCCAGUGGAAGUGAUGGUGGUCCUUCCAGUCUCGCUGUGCACUCCCGGCCUCCUUUACCAAUUGGCCCCCGCCCUUCUCCACGCCGCUCGCGACAUCCCUUGUCCACUACUCCUGUCCAGUCAGAGAUCCAGCCAUCCCCUGGCCCCUCCCCUCAGCCAUCACCCAGGUCCAAGCAUAAGAAAUCUGCCAAUCCUGUUCUUCCUGAAGCUUCUUCUCUGACUGACUCUAAAGCUCCAAGCUCCCAGAUCACAGCAGAUGCUCCUUCAAUCCAGAGUAUGCCUUCUGUCCUUCCUCUGCCUGACGUGCCCGCCCACACUCCAUCUCCUAAAUCCUCUGAAUCUGUGUCUCCUUUACCUCCUGCCUCACUGGUGUCAGUUCCUGUGAAUUCUUCAUCCAGUUGCAGUGAAGGUGCUGCAGACUCAAACACACCCUCUUCUCUGUCCUCAAAGGCUGCCUGUGUACCUCCCACGAGCAUUUCUUCUGUACCUCCCAAACUUCCCUCCACUUCACCGUCAUCACCUGAGCCCAUUGUAACAUCAUCUUCCAUCACUUUACAGAAGUCUUCACUAACCGUAUCUACUUCUCUCCCGCAUAAACCCAAAUCCACUGGCUCCCAGCCCCUUUCUAUCAAAUCUUCCUUCCCAACAAAAUCUACCCUGUCCUCUGAACCUCCAUCAUCUCACCCUCCACUCACCUGGACCAUCUCUCAGCCUCCCUCUCUGCCAAAAAUCUUCCAGUCAGGCUCUGCAAAAGCUCCUGUUUCAUACCAGUGGCGCCCCCCAGAGGUUCAAACUGCAGAUGAUUCUGCUUCAGCCUCUGGACAUUCUCACAUUUUCAGACCUCAAAUUGUCAAGUCAGUCGCCCGCCCAACUUCUCCCUCUCCUUUUUCUUCUGAUGCCCCUCUUCUUUCAUCCGUACCCCCUCUUCCAAAAUCUCCCACCUCUAGCUCAGAGUCAGGUGCUCACGGAGCAAAGUUGAAAUCUGACUCUGUUAGAGCUGAUGGGGACAUCGCCCCUGUUCCUCUGUUAACUAGUCCUGAUCUUGAUGCCCUCUGUGACCCAGUGGCUCCAGUCUGUCCUGCUUCUAUCCUCUGCACUUCACCCACUCAAUCCUCUUCUCUACCAAAGCCUGCCUUUUUCUCCUCACCUCUCACUGUAACUCGUCCUUCUGCUCCUCCAGCACAUACCAGCUCCAGUCGGUCAGGCUUAACAUUCCCCCUCGCUCAGGUGGAUGAGGAAACGACCUCAGCAGUGAAAGGAGCAGCCGCAAGCCCUCUGCAGCAAUCCAAGGAUUCCCCCAAAAACAAAGGGACAGCUUUACACAGCAAGAUGUCCACUCAGCCAGUCAGAGCAGCCCAGGAUUCAAAGGUGACCAUCGCAGAAAACAAAGUUGGACCAGUGCGGAUCAGCUCACACGGAGAGGAUGCUGCUGAGGUGCACACGCCUGUUAGACAAGAGAGCCAACCAGUUAAAGCAAAAGAUGGAGAUGAACAUCAUAUUGCCGCACCCUCUUCUCAGCCCAGCGCACCGGCAGUUAAAAAGGAGCCUAAAGAGCCAGAGGGACCCAGGGUGGAAUCAGCACCCUCAGUCGAGGUUCCCCCCCAAGAAGCUGGAGAGCAUGUGACUCUGGCGCUGGAGCCACUUCAGCCCUCGAAACCAAAACCAGAACCAGAACUGCGGCCGGAACGAGAUCUUCAUCCAUCAGGAAAACCACAACAGGAGGGAGCAGAUGAGGAGAAACCAGCCGAUGCCGUGCCUGGUGGUCACGAGCAUUUCAUCAACAAUAAGGACCCAGUGUGCGAGGCAGAAAAACAGCUGUGGGCAGCUGUGGAGGAGACCACCACCGAGAUAGGAGUGGAAAAAGGGAUGGAAAGUAGUGAAAGCAAGGAAGCAAAGGAGGAGAAGCUGAAAGAGGAGGAAGGUGUAAUAGGGGGUGCUGAGAAAUGUGCGCACACAGAGGCAGAUGUGUGUGUUGCAGAGCAGCAGAGGGAGGCGCCUGCUGGUUUCAUGUCAGCAGUAGUUGGGGUGUUAUACAGAGGACCAGGCCACCCUUCCCCAGCUGUAAACCAGAAGUCCUCUUCAAUUGUUUUCAGCCAACAAACACUUUACCAGAGCCCUGCUCCCAGUCAGCCAAAUAAGCCAGAAGUUCUUGAGUCAUUAACCAGUCUAACAGACAGUCCACAUCCUAACCCUCUGUCUGUGUCUCAGCAGGGGAUAUCAGUCAAUCAGACAGUGAGGAAUAAACCCGUUCCCCAACUUAAUGAAUCACAGAAACAGCUGCUAAAAGGACAGAGAAAAGCUGUUGCUACAAAUACUAGCCAUAGCCUUGAGGUAGCAGCUGAUGAGGAGGGAGAACUUGUUCAGUCGUCAGUGGUUCCUUGGCCUCUCCCUCCAAGCACUUCCAACAUACAGUCUGAUACAAAACAUACUAAGACAUACACAGACAUGAGCGUCACUAAAGUAGAUAGUGAAAUAAAUACAGUCACACAAUCACACACAAGUCUUGAAAUGAAGGUUAAGGAAGAUGUGAACAACUCCAAGACUUUCAGUUUAAACAAGAGUGACAGUGACAGCCAAAAGAGUGACAGUGCACAAAUGAACAACCUUUGCACGAGUCACUCCAAAGACCAACAACUCCAAGAAGAGGAAAAGUUCCUAUUGGCUAAAAUUCGCCUGAUGUCAGGUGACUCAUCCCCGGUGUCCAGCAUUCACAAUAUGAAACGACUCAUCCCGGCCCCGGGGGAUAUUGACUGUGACACCGAGCAGCCAAAAAAACAACUGGACAUCGCCACAGAUCUCACUGUUGUCAAUCAACACUUAGUUUUUCCCAGCUUUGAUGCCCUGCAGGAAAUAUCACUAACUGAAACAGAAGAGCCACAGGCAGAGGAAAAUGCGCCAAAACACCAGCUGGCUGACCUCCCUGAUGACGUAGUUAAGAAACCACCAUUCCAGCUAGAAGACUCGCCCAGCACAGUCCAUCACUGUGAGAUCAUAUCAUCUCGUCUUCCUACUUUACAAGAAGAAGAGACCUCUGACCCCAGGACCCCGGAUCCUGUUACAGUGGUCCGGGAGGAGGCUGAUGGGAAGGACGACACAGCUGAGGAUCUGGUGAACUCCAGCCAGUCGCUGCUCGAGUGGUGUCAGAGCAUCACUAGUGGGUACCAGGGGGUAAAGGUCACAAACUUCAGCACUUCCUGGAGAAAUGGGCUGGCCUUCUGUGCCAUCCUACACCACUUCCAUCCAGACAAAAUAGAUUUUGACCAGUUGGACCCUCAUGAUAUCAAACUCAACAAUAAAAAGGCGUUUGAUGGCUUCGAGGCGCUGGGAAUCUCUCGCCUGCUGGAGCCGUCAGACAUGGUCCUUCUGUCCGUGCCUGACAGGCUCAUAGUCAUGACCUACCUCAGCCAGAUCCGCUCACACUUCACCAACCAGGAGCUGAGCGUGCUGCAGAUAGAGCACAACAGCAGUAAGUCCAGUUACGGCAUCGCUCUCACCGGCCCGACUCCCACGAAUGUGGACGCUGCUGCUUUCUGCAUGGCCAGACUAAAUGAAGGAGUGAGUCUAGAAGAGGGAGGAAGCAGCACGCUGGUGGUCCCGCCGCCAAGAGCUAAACGACAGCUUAAAGUGGAGGAGUCCAUAACUCCAGUCCCGCCCCCACGGUCUCUUACAAAGGUAGUCAAGCCUGGGCCGGCUCAGGAUGAAAAUACAAUGUCUAACUCUGCAACAGAAAACACGAGUAAUACAGAGUUUCAGCGUGCAGAUGAGCCCCAGCCUCCAAAACAAGACGAGGAAACAAUGUCUCUGCAGGACACCAGCCAGUAUGUGUUGAGUGAGCUGGCAGCAUUGGAGACAGAACAGAAGCACAUCGACAGCAGAGCUGCAGUGGUGGAGAGACGACUGCGAAGUCUCAUGGAAACAGGAAGUGACCGUGAUGAAGAGGAGAGACUGAUCCAGGAGUGGUUCACUCUGGUAAACAAGAAGAACGCUCUGAUCCGCAGACAAGACAACCUGGAACUGCUACAAGAGGAGCAGGAUCUGGAGAGGAGAUUUGACCUUCUGACCAGAGAACUGCGCGUAAUCAUGGCUAUUGAAGACUGGCAGAAGUCACCCGCUCAGCAGCAGAGGGAGCAGCUGCUCCUCCAGGAGCUGGUGUCUUUGGUCAACCAAAGGGACGAGAUCAUCAGGGAUAUCGACACCAAGGAGAGACGGGCCUUGGAGGAGGAUGAGCGUCUGGAGCGUGGUCUCGAAAUGAGGAGGAGAAAAUACAGCAACAAAGAAAAAUGUGUGUUACAGUGAGACGAGUGAGGACAAGCACAAACGGCUUUUACUCCAAAGCCCCAAAAGAGUACUUUUUUUAAAAAUCGAAAGCUGUUUUUUUAAGGAUGCUGGGGCUCUGUAUUUUCUUGUAUUUAAAGUGCCUUGAGGACUGCUCUGAGUUUGACACUGCAAAAAAUAUGUCAUUUUCUUUGAUAAAAAAAAAAAGAAAUUCAAGUGUUCAUUAUUUUAAGUGUGUCUUAAUAUAUAAGUAUUGAUUGAUUCUUUUCACCUAUUUUUAUUUAUUUAAAUUAUGUAUCUGACUGUUUUACAUCUAUUGCACAUUUGCUUUUUGUGUGUUUCUGUUUCUAAUCUGUGACUUUCAGUAUUCAAACACUGGCUUAUUCUCCAUUGUGAAAGACGAGGCCAAAAUAUUUGCAGCUUUGAGGGGAAGUUUAGUUUACAGUUGUUUGUAAUCUGCAGGUUUCUAGUAAUGUCACCCUACUUGUCACUUCCCCGAGGAAAAAGUCCAUAAACACGCCCGAGCAUUUUGGAUAUCAAAAUAGUAUGUGGUAAGUCAUGAGCUGGACUCGAAUGCCCAAUGUUGUUAGCGGAGGAUACGUGUUUUCAGAUUCAGGAUGACCUCCUGCAGCCUCAUGGAGCUCAAAGAUGUUUCCAGCCUAAAGUUACACCUUGGUAACUUGCAGUCUUUGUGGAUGUGGUUGCUCACGUCUGCAAUAUUCACAGAAAUCAAAGUGCUUUCCAUUUCUGUGUCGACUACUGCAUGCAUGCUUAUGGAGGUGUGCUAAUAAAGUGGCACUGUGCUCCACAGCGCCACUAUGUAUUCAUACUGUAGCUGCGUCUAAUGAAUUGAGGAUGUUUGUGAUGAUGAAAAUAAAAACAUAUCGGCUGGUU